AGCGAGUCAUCUUUCUUUUUUCAUCCUCUGCCAUCUUAGUUCCACUCUAGGACAGAAGUCGGCGUAAUUUGAUUAAAAAAAUGACGCACUUUCUUCAACCUUCCAUAUAUCUCCGCUCGUUGGGCAAAGGGUUUCAAAUUUCAUCUUCAUCCUCUUUCCUUCACUCCAAUUCCCUCGCAUUAAGAUCCUUCUCUUCUAAAAUGUCGGCCGAUUCUCCAAUCCCAACUCAAUCCAUCACUAUCCCCUGCCAACUCGAUCAACCCGUGCAGAUUCUCGCUGCUCCCGGUGUCUCUGAUUCCGAUUUCCGGAAUGCUAUCGAUUCAUCGUUGUUCAAACAGUGGCUGAUGAACUUGCAAAGUGAGAGUGGGAUUUUAGCCAAGGGAGCCAUGUCCCUGAAGAGCGUUCUUAUUCAGGGAGUUGAUAUGUUCGGAAACAAAAUUGGAUUUCUCAAAUUUAAAGCUGAUAUCUACGACAAGCAAACCGGGAAGAAGGUUCCAGGUAUUGUUUUUGCAAGAGGACCUGCUGUUGCUGUGCUUAUCCUUUUGAGUUGCGAAGGAGAAACCUAUGCUGUCCUGACCGAGCAGGUUAGAGUUCCUGUGGGAAAGCUUAUGUUGGAAUUACCUGCUGGUAUGUUGGAUGACGAUAAGGGGGAUUUUGUUGGCACUGCAGUUCGUGAGGUUGAAGAAGAAAUUGGCAUUCAGUUAAAGCUUGAGGACAUGGUCGAUCUUACCGGCUUCUUGGACCCAGCAACUGGAUGCAGAGUCUUUCCCUCUCCAGGAGGAUGUGAUGAGGGAAUCGGUCUCUUCUUGUAUCGAGGAUCUGCAAGUAAAGAGACAAUAGCAGAGCUGCAAGGAAAGGAAACUGGACUCAGGGAUCAUGGCGAGCUGAUUAAGGUUCAUGUUGUUCCUUAUGGAAAACUUUGGCGCGUUACAGCCGAUGCGAAGGCUCUAAUGGCCAUUGCACUCUAUGAAAUGGCUCUGAAGGAAGGGCUUUUGCCUUCUUUGAAACCAUGCUAGUGUCUUCUCUAAACUCUAUAAUCUUUCACCUUGAGCCUUGGCAAAUAUUUUCUUUCUUCAAUUCACUUUUUGUUGGGUUAUGUAAAACGGUAAGAAGUUCCUUAACACGCUGUCUCAAGACCAGAACAUGUUACA